GAACUUUAGUGUUGGUCCAAUGUGAUUAUAGUGCAAACCAUAUUAUAAAAACAAUAAUAUAAUGAAAGGGUAUCUGAGAUUAUUAUUUUUGAUUAAAGUGCUCCUCGGGAUUGCCAAAAUCAUAAAAAAUUCCCAAAUCUUAACAUCUCAUUAUCAUCAUCUUUAAAUCUUAAUAUUACUCCCCACACUCCCUCAUUUUUUUAUUUUAUUUUUUUUCAUAUUUAUAAAUUAUUCAUCAUAAAUAAAAAAUAAAACACCUAAUUAUGUUAACGGAGAAAAUCGUGAGUAAAAACGCCGUUAAAAUACCCGCCGCAACGACGUGAAUAUAACGCCGUUUACACAAACAGCAACACUGUUUAAAAGAUCUCCUCACUGCAGUUAAGAGGUUUUUCGAAGAGAGAGAAACUCGAGUGCUAGAGAGAGAAAGUGAAGAGAGAGAAAGUGUGAGAGAGAGCAGAGCAGAGCAGCGCCUAUCUCGCGUCAAGCAAUUUUCUUGAGGAGAGAGAAAAUAUAUUACUCACCAAAGAUCAAAGCAUUUGCAGAAAUUUGAAUUUAGUUGAAGAAGAGUUGACAGAAGCAGCAAUUUUUGAAGAGAGAGAAAGUGAAUGUGGUUUUGGAUCUUCUGCGUAAUCUCAUUCAUGCAAAUUAUGAUUGCAUGAUUUUGGAUCUGAUUUCUGGAUUUGAAUUUCUCCAACGUUCAAAUUAUUGCGAAAUUCAGCUGAUUUUGCUUCAUAAUUUGAUAAUUCAGUUGGAAUUUUAGGGUUUUUUUUAUGGAGCUUCCUCAAUCCCGCCCUUUCGGAGCCACACAAGGUAGAAAAGCUACGCAUGACUUUCUUUCUCUCUACAGUCACUCAUCUCUUCAGCAAGAUCCAAGGUCUUCUCACGGAGCAGGAGGUUUGCUUAAAACACAUAAUUUCCUCCAACCACUUGAAGGGGAAGAAAAGCCUGGUCCUAAGGAAGACAACUUGGUAGAUAUAAAUGCUAAGCCUCCAUCUGCGGCUCCUCCUACUUCAGUAGUUGAACAUGUAUUGCCUGGUGGGAUUGGAACAUACAGCAUAAGUCACAUUUCCUAUUUUAAUCCAAAGGUGCCUAAGCCAGAGGAGAAUAUCUUCUCAGUGGCUCCAGCAACCAGCAAUGAUAAAAAUGAUGACAAUUCAAAUUGUAGCUCAUAUACGGGAAGUGGUUUCACAUUGUGGGACGAAUCAACUGUGAAAAAGGGAAAUACAGGGAAAGAGAAUUUGGGGGAUGAAAACAUAGUAAAAGAGUCAACAAUAAAAAUGGGGCAAUGGCCUUUGGACCGGCCGUCACAGUCUUCUUCCAACCACCGCAGCAGUGUCAGCCCUCUCUCGUCUUCUCAGGCAUUAAUUCAGAAGAGUCAAAGCUUUAUGGAGAUGAUCAAAUCAGCAAAGGGUCCUCAUUCUGUGGAGGAAGAGGUUGAAGAGGAUUUGAGCCUAAAAAAGGAAAGCAGCUCUUCUCUAAAGGGAGAAUUACGUGUAAAUGUUGGUGGAAAGAGCAGUGAUCAGAAAGCUAUCACCCCUCGGUCCAAACACUCUGCAACAGAGCAGCGAAGAAGAUGCAAAAUUAAUGACAGAUUUCACAUGUUGAGAGAACUCAUUCCUCACAGUGACCAAAAGAGAGAUAAGGCAUCUUUUCUAUUAGAGGUCAUUGAAUACAUUCAGUUUUUACAAGAAAAGGUAAAUAGAUACGAAGGGUCAUACCCUGGAUGGAAUAGUGAACCACCCAAGUUGAAUCCAUGGAGAAAUAGCCACGUGGCAACUGAGAGUUUUGUUGAUCAGUCUCGAGCAGUGAAUGCUAGUCCUGUGUUGAUGUUCGGUGCUAAAGUUGACGAGAAAGCUACUCCUGCUGUUUCAUUGAAUUUCCCGCGCAAUCCCCAAACCCCAGCAGAGAGUAGCAUGAUCAAUGCUAUCAAUGUCAAGACAGUUGAUCAGCAGCCUGGAACAACUAAUAAAGCAGGAUCAGUUUCUCCACCACUGCAGCAUGAUAUCCAUGCUCCUAUCAUUAAUAGUUGUGCUGUUGCACCACCUCCUGUGAGGCUUCCAUUUGAGGGAGGCAAUGCUUCUUUCCCUCAAUUACAGUUAUGGCAAAGUAGAGCUUCUGCAUUUGAGCCAUCUCUUGCCACCGAUAAACUGAAAGAUCAAGAGCUGGCUCUUGAAGGUGGUACAAUUAACAUCUCAAGCAUAUACUCUCAGGGGUUGUUGAGUACGCUGACACGAGCUUUGCAGAGUUCUGGGGUAGAUUUGUCUCAAGCAAGCAUAUCAGUUCAAGUUGACAUAGGAAAUCGAGCACAUAAUAGACAAGAUUCCCAGGAGGCUGCUGGGAAGGGUGUUGAAAUUCCCAGUGGUAAUCCAUCUUUGCAACAUGCUAGAGUUGAUAACACCAGUAGCGAGUCUGAUCAUGCAGUGAAGAGGCUCAAGACAGGCUAGAUGUUGGGAGGUUUGGUACAUUCUUUUGCUAUGUGAUUAGAUCAUUUUUUGCGGAGCUGUCCUGGCCCUCUGGUAAAAUCGCCCAUCCCUUCUUCGCCAGAUCAACCAGUUGAUAGCUUGAGCCAAAUUGUACAUGUUAUUAAUUUCUCUCUUCAAUUUGUUUUUGCUUAGUCUUUCAGGACUUCUGAUGAGUGAAUAGGUAGUCCUACUUAGAAUAUUCUUUCAUCUUAAUUUUUCUUAAUCUUUUCAACUUAUGUAUUUAUAUAUAGGCAUCCAUAUUAGUAUACGAGGAGCCACCUUUUAAUUAUGAGCUUCCAUAUUGAGAAGCUUUUAUUAAUUUUUUUUUUUUUAACUUCAUUUUAUAACUUGUAUCUUGGGGGCUAUAGCAGAUUAAUUAGCAGCUUAUAUACUGAUAAGCAUACUCUUUUUGUUUUCCUUGCUACAUGUAAGCAUACUCUUUAUUAACCAAUUAAAUUCUUGAGAUCAAGUCAUUCAAUGGAGUUUGAAAUUUGGAGGA